AACGACUUUUGCUAUUACGCCGCUUUAAAAAGAGAUAUCAUGCUUUCAUCAACGUAAAUAAACUAUAAGCGGUCUCCCGCCUAAUCGGUGUAAAUAAAUUUUGAAAUCGCCUACCGCUUUUUUCCUCAAUCAUUCUUAUAAAACACCUGGCAUCACCCAUUUUCCAUAAAUUCGAUUGCAUAUCUGUCUUCUGACAUUUCGGUUUUAACCAAAAUUUGAGUGAAACAUUGUUUUUGAGUUAUAUUUUUUAUAGAAGCAGUCAAUUGGUGAAAAUCGCCGAAAUUUUGUAUUAUUUAGAAUUUAUUUGUUAAAAUUUCUGGGGAAUCAAAGGAAAAAAUAAGAAAAAAUAAGUGUAUUAAAUAAGUUAAUGGGAUUGCGGUAUCAGGAUCUUAAAGUUAGGGGGGACAGCAUUGAACUUGAACGCAAGGAGAGCUUUACAACCGAACGUAAUCACAACGGUUAUAUAAAACGCAGAAAGACCAUAUUACGUGAACGCUUUGCACGUCCGAAUGUGAAGGAGGUGCAAAAAAAUCAUAAACAGCAACCGCAACGCAGUGCAACACCAACAGCACAGCCGCCGGCAGCCGAAUCGGGUCGCAAUACCACCGAAACUAUCAGAAACUCGCCGAAAAGUGCCGCAGUGGUAAGCACUUGUCGCGAUAGAUCGCAUCUGGAGCGGGCAGUCAAUCGUACAUCGGUACAGUUGAAGCGUUUGGCACACGAAAUCGAUAAUGAAAUUGCUAAGCUGAAACGUGAACGUGACAAACUAAUGUUUAGACCGCGUCCGUAUCCAUUGAUGCGCAACGCUGCCAUACAAAACGAUAUUCGUGUGGAUGAGGCAUUGCCAAAACUAAGCUUAGAUCAAUUCAAUACAAUUGCCGAUAAUAUCGAGUUUACGAUCGAAAAGUUUUCGAGUCAGCAUAAAUUUGUAUGCACCUCACCACGCUACGCGCGUGACGAACAAACUUCGUGUCGGCCGCGCAUGCGCACAAUCGGUUUGCAAAAGGAUACACGACGUAGCGGCAUUGAUUGUGAGAAUUUUCAAAAUAUCAAGGCAAAACUUGAUACAGCCAUAAACUACUCGGCCACCAAUCUGGCCAAUUUAAAGGCAACAAAAGGGCUGCUCGAUCCAGCGCCGCCCAAUUGCUAUGCUUUUGACUAUGGAGGCACGGGUGAUGGUCAGAAAGCAAUGAAAGUGUACCAUUUUCAAAACUGUCGGUGCGCUGGGGGUUUCAAUCAAAAUGAGAGCAGUUGUCAGAAAGUUUGUGAACACUACAACUGCGUCGAUAAAUACAAUGGCACGCUGUGCAACAAAAACACCUAUGUUGAGAAGGGCGUGACGCCAUGCAGCGAGUAUAAGUACUGCCGUGAUGAGUAUCGUUAUGACUACCCCAAGCAGAACAAUUGUGUAGUGCCGAUUACGAAUGCACCCUGCAUACCCUGUGUACCGUAUCAGCCAUGUCAGCCAUGUGUAACCUACUUGCCACCUUGUCCGACAUAUAGUGAAAGUAAGCCAGCAAAGCCCAAGAAAGAAGUGAUCUAUGGACGACAACCGAGCGAUCUAAAUACGAAUGAGUUUUAUCACCCCACUGGCGCAUCGCCCAGAAAGCGCUCACCAACUAAACAACAUAAUGCAAGGCAUUCAAGCAACAAGGAACGUUUGACUGUGGACGUACCUACGGAUGGCCGCACAUUCGUCGAUAUUGAGAGGCAUGGCCGUACACAUAGCAAAUCUCGACGAAAAAAGAAUGACGUUGAAAUAAGUAAGCAGCGAAGUUUCUACCAAGGGUCUUCUCCGGAUAAGGCCAUGCGGCAGGCGCAUGAGCAUAAAUCUCAUGGUAGCGCUGACUCCUCGGAAAAGGCACGCCAAACGAAGAGCAAUGAGAAGUUACUCCAAAUAACGUUCACAAAAGAAAGGCGACACCAAAACUCAUUGGAGUCCGGGGAGGAGCACAUGCCGUAUGAGGUGCAAGCUUCUACUCGGGAAUAUUCGCGAGAAACAAAACGUUCCAUGAAGAAAAUGACGAUUACGGCAUAUAAGCCUUGUAGGCAAGGGGAGAGUGAAGGCAACUCUGAUGAAGACCGAAAGAAGAAACAGCAAAGGAGUAAAGACCGAGGUGGUAAUAGCAAAUACGAUGACGAGAAAUCGUGGGAUGAACGUCUAAGACAAACGGAGGACCGUCCUCGUUUGGGAGAUGAUUGGCAUGUGGAUGUUCCCACUAUAACAGAGGUUUAUGACAACUAUCGCGUGGGUGAUGCCUGGAUAGACGAGGAAGACAUCUCCGCCACGCAACCUAUAGGCACCCUACAUGUUGGAGGCUAUAGGGAACUUAUUCACAUACCACAGAAUCGGAGUUAUGACAUAAUGCCUGUACCAAAAGAUACAGUUCGUGAUAUUCCUCCAAUCCCAAGUCCAAACCGUGGACAACGUUCAAAACGUGACAGUGAAAUCUCGCACAGAUUACGAGGAGCGGAUACAAGAGGCCGGCCAGGCAGUGUUACCGGACAAGAUCCGCUGCUUAGAACUCAAAGAGAUUAUACUAAUGGCAUGAAACCGGAUUCACUACGAUCACGAAAUACGGAUCUAAGAGAAAGACCAGUCAGCGUCGGCCCCGGUGGUCAGCCUAGAACUGGAAGCGGUUACACUAAUAGUACGAAGUCCGACUCAUUUACUGCAUACGGACUUACAGAGAAACCCAGGCUGUAUGAAAUGGAUAGGUCCUAUGCAUUUGGUGAUGAUGAUAGUUCUUCCCAUAGAGACUACGAACGUCGAACACCACGCGGCGAUAUACUCGACAGCCAACAAAAUGCGUAUAAAAAGUAUGAACCCGAUGGUCCGGCGAAUAAAGUGCACGAAAGUAAAGUUCAACCCGCUGCUGGUAACGGGUUUUCCCUAGACAAUACAUCUCGUUCUGCGCCUGAUUUCCAGUGUAAACCGGAUCGAAUGCAUGGUCGUGAUCAUAGUGUUAUAUCUACCCCAGGUGGGAAGCUACAUUCAGCUCGUGACUAUGGACUUGACAGUAAGUUAAGAACGGGCAAGAUAAAUGAAGCGGAUAGUCUACCAAUGGGCGCCUUACCACCCACGGACAGUUUAAAAUCAGAGAGUAAAGCUACUCCGGGUAUAAUGGAACAGUCAGACUCUAUCCACAGUGGAAAACGGGGGAAACGUGAAGCAUAUGGACCUGAUUCAAAAUUGUUUGAAGAAGAAAACGAUGCAACAGAAACAGCAUCAAUAAUCUAUCGUCCGCGGAAGGGCGAGAAAACCGAAACGUAUGUGGCUCCACGUAUUUCUAAAACAGUUAAUCGCACGGGUAAGGAAACAGAAUCCCCCCGUGAAAUUCCUGACAGCGGUCAGAAAUUUCCAACUGCUAUGGAGGUUCCAGAAAUCAAAAUUGAAGAUCUGGAUGACAGUGGUAAAAGCACACGAAGUGGUAGGUACCGAGGUACUGACAAAUUACGGCAAAUAGAGGACCACACAGAGCCAGGAGCAAGGGUAAAUGGAGCACCCGAUACAUCUAGUAAACCAACGACAGAUAGUACGACUGAUAAAGGUGGAGGACGCAUUCACAAAAGUGGCGCAUUUGACGAACAAUACGGCUCUGGAAGGAAGAAAGGAGCAGCUGCGCCGGAUAGAUCUCAAGUACUGAGUCCAUUUCCCAGUCUUGAAUCACCAACAAUAUACAUGAGACCGCGAGAAACAGAUUAUGGAUCUGCUUGUCUACCUUCUACAAGUCACUGCCCUAAAAAGACAAGUCCACGUGUGUAUUGCGGCCAAAAUGCUGGAGAUGUUUACAUGUGCAAAUCCCGACAAUGCUCCCCGCAGAAUGUUUCUCCACCAUCAUCGCCAUGCAGAUGUUUAUCUCCUCAUCGAAGCGGUAGCGAAAUACCAUACGAAAAGUUGGGCGACCAGUACACUCAUUCGCCGGUUCGACAAUUAGCCGCCACCUCUCAUUUAGCUGUGGCGCUGCAAACGGGCAAGAUAAAUGAAGCGGAUAGUCUACCAAUGGGCGCCUUACCACCCACGGACAGUUUAAAAUCAGAGAGUAAAGCUACUCCGGGUAUAAUGGAACAGUCAGACUCUAUCCACAGUGGAAAACGGGGGAAACGUGAAGCAUAUGGACCUGAUUCAAAAUUGUUUGAAGAAGAAAACGAUGCAACAGAAACAGCAUCAAUAAUCUAUCGUCCGCGGAAGGGCGAGAAAACCGAAACGUAUGUGGCUCCACGUAUUUCUAAAACAGUUAAUCGCACGGGUAAGGAAACAGAAUCCCCCCGUGAAAUUCCUGACAGCGGUCAGAAAUUUCCAACUGCUAUGGAGGUUCCAGAAAUCAAAAUUGAAGAUCUGGAUGACAGUGGUAAAAGCACACGAAGUGGUAGGUACCGAGGUACUGACAAAUUACGGCAAAUAGAGGACCACACAGAGCCAGGAGCAAGGGUAAAUGGAGCACCCGAUACAUCUAGUAAACCAACGACAGAUAGUACGACUGAUAAAGGUGGAGGACGCAUUGACAAAAGUGGCGCAUUUGACGAACAAUACGGCUCUGGAAGGAAGAAAGGAGCAGCUGCGCCGGAUAGAUCUCAAGUACUGAGUCCAUUUCCCAGUCUUGAAUCACCAACAAUAUACAUGAGACCGCGAGAAACAGAUUAUGGAUCUGCUUGUCUACCUUCUACAAGUCACUGCCCUAAAAAGACAAGUCCACGUGUGUAUUGCGGCCAAAAUGCUGGAGAUGUUUACAUGUGCAAAUCCCGACAAUGCUCCCCGCAGAAUGUUUCUCCACCAUCAUCGCCAUGCAGAUGUUUAUCUCCUCAUCGAAGCGGUAGCGAAAUACCAUACGAAAAGUUGGGCGACCAGUACACUCAUUCGCCGGUUCGACAAUUAGCCGCCAACUCUCAUUUAGCUGUGGCGCUGCAGCCAGAAUCUGCGACGGGAUAUUAUAUACCCUCCUCCCAGCAACAAAAAUCGAAAAGUUGUUUAUAUCUGCGUUCGACUGGCACACAAUACUCUGCAACGAUUAUAGAAAACCAAGAUGAUCGUUGUGCACCACAAUAUGUACCCCUACCCAAACACUGCAGGCAGGCAUCAGUAGAUGAAGCUAAGACUUCACCGUCGCAGGCAUCAGUAGAUGAAGCUAAGACUUCACCGCCGCACUUUCCUAGCGCAUGCGCUUCCCCCUGUCAGGAUUUUAAAUUGGCUUGCGAUUCCGAAAGUCCACAAAACAAUAAUAAUAAGUUUAUAUGUGACGAAGGGGAUGAAGAAUACAAGGGGAAAGCAAAUUUUAGUAACGAUCAAUUUAGCGAUUCUGAGCAAACGCAAAUCAUCGUCGCACAAGAACCAAGACAGCAACAACAAAAAGUGUAUUCAAAAGGCGCAGACCACAAGAAUUUCUAUUUACCGUGGCAGCAAGAUAAGAAAUUUGUUCCUGGUCAACCGAUGAGUGAUUGCACUGUGACAUCUUGGCAAGAUGAGUCGCAAUCAAGUUUGAAAUCAACGAAAUAUCAAAAUGCUGCAGAUAGGCGACCGCCACGAUUUAAUACCAAUUUGCAGCCCCAUCAAGAAAUGCCGGAGGAGGAAGCCAGAUGCGCACAAGAAAUUCUGCAGUACGAACCGCAAUCACGUGCUCAAUUCGUGGAACAGAGCUCACGGCAAGACGCGGUUCGCGAUCCCUGUUGCGAUGAGCGUGAAGAAGAAAUAAGUUUUCAAAAUGAAGCUGAAGAGUCUAUGCACGAAUGCACACCACGAGGUCGUUCUGAAUUCGAUGACUGCCGUGAGUACCAGGCGAUACCGGAAUUCACAGGUUGCCCUUGCAUGUUCAAAACAUAUCUAAACAUGAUAGCACUUUACUAUCCGGAAUAUCGGACACAAAUAAGUGAUAGUGAUUCCGUGAUUGAAGAUGCUGAAUUAUAGACUGAUAGCUACUAUUCGUCCGUAUAUUAUUGUGUCGAAAUUUUAAAGAUUUUUUCUGCGCUUAUAUAAAUAAUUUAUGCCGGAGUGUAUAUUUCGUUGCUAAAAUAUUUAUCAAAUGUUGUAAUAGCUUGCUCAGCUUUUGUGCUUGUUCACUUUAUUUUUUGUACUAUAAAAAGAAAAA